GGUGAGUUCUUGGCAUCAUGGCUUCCACACUGGUGCCUCUGCUUCAACUGCUCCUGGUCUCACUGGUGUCUGCAUCGCAUUACUAUGGGGGAACCGUGACCUUCUCCUACAAAGGACAAAACCCUGAUGGAUCCCAUAGGGUCGACAUUCGCAACAGGGACACUUUUGAUGGGUGUCAGCCCUUCCUCUCGUGGUUCUGUACCAGCGGCAACUGUGGCCAGACCAUCAGCAGUCAGAGGGAGGUGCUUGACAGGAGCACCAAUGCGCCACGAUUUAACAGGCAGUGGUGUGAAACUGAAACAGUCAUUACGAAAAAACUCUGGAGUGAAAAACCUUUUCAAGAGAGGGCAGCUAGCUGUUGUUGGAUCCCAAAGCGCAACGGGAAUAGUAACUGGAGGCUACUGACUCAUGUGGAUUUGGGAAAGAGAUCUGACACCAGACAACCAAACAGAUCACCAGACAUUGCCAUUCUACCUUUCCUCCGAGUUCCUCAGAACUGCCCACGGACAUACAACCUGAUGUCCACUGAUCCUGAUGGUGACCGAGUUCGAUGCCGAUAUGGAAAUGCCGGAGGUACAGAGUGCAGCUCGUGCAACCAGCCAUCAGGCUUCCACUUAGAUCAGGAUUCUUGUACAUUACACUACUACUACACCUUUGCCAACCCAAGAGUUUUUGGAUUUGAGUUGGUGGUGGAGGACUACCCACAAGGCCACAUCACUCUGGCCUACACAGAUGGAUCCCGAUCCGCCAGGACUCCACUGGCGAGGAGGAGAAAGAGACAAGCAUCCCACACAUAUCAAACAACCACUACACCACCUACAACACAUAACUGGUGGUGGUGGAGUAAUCAUUCACCCACCACAGCUCCACAGCACUGGUGGCAGGGGUCCACUACUUGGCAGUGGCCCACUACAACCACACCACCAACCACCACCACACCAUCAACCUCGUGGUGGUGGUGGCACAGUACAACCACACCAUCAACCGCACCAUCAACCACACCAUCAACCACCACCACACCAUCAACCUCGUGGUGGUGGUGGCACAGUACAACCGCACCAUCAACCACACCAUCAACCACAACCCCGUGGUGGUGGUGGACCACUACAACCGCACCAUCAACCACACCAUCAACCACAACCCCGUGGUGGUGGAGGCACAGUACAACCACAACUGCACCCACAACCACACCCAGAACCACGACACCAUACACUACUACAGGGCAGCUGCAUGCCACGUCUGCUCCUCUCAGUAAACUACCUUUGCAGUUCUCUUUACUUGUGGACCCACCUGCUCCCUCAUGUCAAGGUGGACUCUACUUGCCGAAGUUUGUGCAGCCAACACCUGAAAAUGGAGCACGUAUCCACGCAGAGGUCAACAAAGAAGUGGAGAUCAGAGUCAAAGCACAAGCUGCAUAUGCAACAUUGCAUGAUAUCAUCAUCAGUGGGCCAAUGAACAUCAGCAAGCACAGGAACACACAUGAUGAGUUUUUCAUUAGGUGGACGCCUAUCCCAGAUGACCUUGGAGAUCAUUUCCCAAUCUGCUUUGCUGUUGAAUCAGUGACGGGGUCUGCUGCAUCCACUGGUCAAGCCACACAAAAUCACCAUCACCAUCACUUCUCCACCCCAACUUCACAGUCUGGCAUCUAUCAGUCCGAGAUGAGGUGUGUUCUGGUGGAGGUCAGGAAUCAGCAAGUUAAAGCCCAUGUGGUCUGCAGUGAGUCAACAAUGACGGUACAUGUUGACAAAUCGUCAUUCAAUGGACUCCACGAGGAUCAUCUGCGGCUCAGUGAUCCCACCAACACCGUCUGCAGCCUCCAGACACACUCCAACAGUACCCACGUCAUUGCUGUCGUCCCCCUCAACGCUUGUGGAACUCAGAUCGAGGAAGAUGAUGAUAACCUCAUUUUCAAGAAUGAAAUCACCACGGUCGACAACAGCAGAGACCUGAUCACCAGGAAGCACCUGCUGGAGGUGCAGUUCUACUGCGAGUACCCCAAACGAGGAAAUGUGACACUGGGCUUCACAGCACACAGAGAGAAUGUCACAGUGUGGGAGAGAGGCUUCGGCACGUUCACCUACGACUUUGAGUUCUACCCUGACAACCAGUACCAAACUAGGAUUGAUCCAAAUUCGUACCCUCUGGAGUACGACAUCGGGAGCAAGAUUUACAUGCAGUUAGAGGCCACCUCUUCAGUCAACAACACUGAACUGUUUGUGGACUCCUGCAGAGCUGCACCAUAUGAUAACCCCACCUACCAUCCAACCUACUCCAUCAUUGAAAAUGGGUGUAAAGUGGACCCAACUGUUGAGAUCUAUUCCCCUGCCCACAACAAACAGUUCAGGUUCAGCAUGGAGGCUUUCAAGUUCAUUGGACUGCACGAUCAGGUAUACAUCAGCUGUUCAGUCCUGAUGUGUGAAGCAGGAGUCCCCAACACCAGGUGCUCGCAAGGAUGCAUCAACUCCACAUGGCCAAGUGGUCACCACCAUCACAACCGAAAGAGAGAGGCUGUCGUCCAAACUGCAAAUCACUAUGUUUCCCAGGGCCCCCUGCGCCUAAGGAGAUCAGCAGAGACCCCGGCAGCCACAGUGACCAACCUGAAUCUGAACCUGGUAUUCAUCGCUGGGUGUCUUCUUGCAGCUCUUGGCAUGGUCUGUGGAUUGGCCAUGUACAAAGUCAAAAUGUCAAAGGUCAAAUACCAACCUUUGCCUACAUUUGAAAGUUAAGACAGCAGCGUUUGAAGAAUUCCAAACCCUCAGUUUGAUUUUUUUUUCCCAAGAGGUUUCGGGUGUUCAUGUAUCUCCUCAUAUGCACAUUUCAAUGAAUUAAUUUUAUAUCAACAUCCUUAGAAAUGCCCACAUCUAUACUGGUAUAAGCUGUGGAAAUACUGUGUCUAUGUCUAUGCAACUGGAAAACUUUGGAGAGAAACCUUUAUAUUAAAUAUCACUGAUAGGAUGAUCAACUAGUUAAGCAGGUGCUGGGUGAUAUGUUUAUGGGAGUGGGAUCCCAAUUAUCUUUAUUACUGCUUCUACUAAUAUGUACUACAGUAUGAUCUAAAACAAGUAUCUUGAUGGUUAUGUGUAGUCCUAUCCAGUCAUAAUCAUUAUAUGUGAAAACCCUUCAAUGGCUUUGGAUGAAUGGAGAAUACCUAACUCACUUAUGAUAUAUGUGUUUGCUGGAAAAAUAAAUAUGUAUACACUCUUA